AUGGCAACAUCUCUAUUCACCUCCCUUCUCCCCUUCACUUCAUCAACUACAUCACAUUCAAACCUCUCACCUUUUCGUGCAUUCAGAGUCUCAGCUUCUGUCUCAGCACCUGAAAAUCACUUCCAACACAUUCCCAGAAGAGAGUUCUUAAAGGGUGUUGCUCUUUCUCUCCCACUUAUCGCUCUCACUGAGCCACCUCCCUCACAAGCUAGAGACGUUGCAGUUGGUUCUUUCCUCCCUCCCUCAUCGUCAGACCCUUCGUUUGUUCUCUUUAAAGCUUCUGCUAAAGACACUCCUGCCCUUCGAGCAGGAAAUGUUCAGCCAUACCAAUUCAUCCUUCCCCCAACAUGGAAACAGCUUCGUAUAGCUAACAUACUAUCAGGAAAUUACUGUCAACCAAAAUGUGCCGAGCCAUGGGUGGAGGUUAAAUUCGAAGAUGAAAAACAAGGAAAAAUUCAGGUAGUUGCUUCCCCUUUGAUACGUCUAACCAACAAACCAAAUGCAACAAUUGAGGACAUCGGGAGCCCAGAAAAGGUGAUCGCUUCUCUCGGCCCAUUUGUCACCGGAAACACUUUUGAUCCAGACGAACUCCUCGAGAUGUCAGUUGAAAAAGUUGAUGAUCAGACGUACUACAAAUAUGUGCUUGAAACUCCAUUUGCUCUUACUGGUUCACACAAUCUUGCAAAAGCAACAGCUAAGGGAAACACUGUUAUUCUGUUUGUUGCUAGUGCCAAUGACAAACAGUGGCAAACUUCUGAGAAGAUUCUAAAGACCAUGCUUGAUUCCUUUAAAGUGUAG